CCUCGGCCGGGCGGCGGCGCGUGGCCAGCCGCGGCGGGAUGAGCGGGGCCGGUGCUGCGGACGCGGCGCGGGGGCUGCGGGUGGACGGGCUGCCGCCGCUGCCCAAGAGCCUGCGCGGGCUGCUGCGCUCGGCGGCGGGCGGCGCGGCGGGCGGCUGGCGGCACCUGGAGCGGCUGUACGCGCAGAAGUCGCGCAUCCAGGACGAGCUGAGCCGCGGGGGCGCGGGCGGGCGCGGGGCGCGGGCGGCGGGGCCGCGCGCCAAGCCCCCCAACCUGGACGCCGCCCUGGCGCUGCUACGCAAGGAGAUGGUCGGCCUCCGCCAGCUGGACAUGUCUCUGCUCUGCCAGCUGUACAGCCUCUACGAGUCCAUCCAGGAGUGUAAGGGAGCGUGCCAGGUGGCCUCCAGCCCUGGCUGCACGCAUGUGCGGGAGAACGGCUUCUUCCAUGAGGAAGAGGAGGGUUUCCAGGAUCAGAGCCCCCCCUGCGAAGGCCCUCCUGGGAACCUGCCCCUGUCUGUCCCCCGCCUCUCCAGCAGCAACUGGAUUCUGGAGUCCAUCUAGGGCUUCGGGUGUGGGGACUUCAAACUGGACCUGCUGUCAGCAUCGGCUUCUCUUCCUGCAAGAACACGUUGAGCCUGUCCAUCGGGGACUGUCCUCAGACACGUGGGAGCCUGACAGGGACUUCAUGCUGCACAGUGGUGGUUUGCUCAGGUGACCCUGGGUGCUCAGAACGUCCUCGGCAGCCGUGCCAUGUGCUGACAUCACUGCCAGUCUGUGGGACAAAAGACCGCUGUAGGAUCCCCAGCCGCUCCGUGCACAGGUCACGUGCCCCUCCUGGGGAGGGUCUAGCGUCAGAUGAAGCCGUUGCUCCUCCUCAGCCUGGGCUGCGCUCUGCUUGCUGUGUGACAAGCUUCUCAGCCUCAUUGCUCGGCUUUCCUUACUUUUAGGCCACAUCACUGACUGUCCAGGUGACUCGUGGAAGCUUCUGCUGAGAAGGUGAGCGUUCCUGCCACAGCCGUCACAGCUGUCUCGCAGCCGACCAGGAACCUUGCCGUUUUGUCCCCCAGGUGUAGGAGGAAGGACCAUAUACCAAGAUACGCUGAGUGGAAAAAAAUAAACCUGGGCAGGCCAGUGUUGGCAUCAGUCCCCGACGGUGACCGUGUCUGUUUUAAGUGAACGUAAAGUAGUAUGUGGGAAAGCAAACGCCCCCCCUCCAAGCAGUGGUUACCUGGAGCCUUAAUAUAUUUAUUAAAAUACUUUAUAAGAACUACGCUAUUAAAUGCAAGGAUAAAA